UCGUGAAAUUAGUUUUACACUCUGCAAAUCUAAAACUGUUUUCACGCAAACGUGAAACUAAAAAUACUGCAGUUUCACGACGCGGGUUUCCGGACGUUCAACCUCCAGGCUCCAAGAGGCACAUCAGGGAAGCGAGGGGCACAAAACCAAACCGACUGAGUGAAAAUAGUUCAAACCAUCAGAACAAACCGCUACACCUUUGAAAAUGAAAGUGGAGAAAGACGCAAUGAAGUUCCUUGACGAGUACAGCCAUGACGACGCCGACUCCUCGAAUUCCCAAGGUGAAUCCAAUACCAACACGGAGGCUAGCCUGAGUGCUCGCGAUGAAGUGAAGGAAGUCAGGAGGCAGUCCAAAAGGGAAACGUCUCGAGUGAGAGUUUGGAGGAUUGCUGUCUCUGCUGCGCUCCUCAUCACGGCCAUCUCGGUGACUUUCACCACCUAUUGGCUACUCGUGGAAGAGGAAGACAAAAACUUUCGCAAUGUUUUCUCCCAGUUUGCGCGCACUGUGGGAGAUGCCGCCAUUGACCAGCAGAAGGACGUCAGGUCCGCCAUUCGAAGUUUGUCAGACUCGAUCACCCUGUCCGCCGACUUGGUCAGCAAUGGCAACCCCACCUGGCCGUACUUCUUCCCGCCCAUGUUCGAGGCAUAUGCCCACGACUACAUGGAAAUCAGCAAGGCCGAGUUUGUUGGCAUAAGCAACAUCGUUUCUCAUGACCAGAGGGAGAGAUACAUCAACUACAGCACCUCUGUCUAUGAGCAGGCUGUCAAAGAUGCACACAUCAUCAAGCAUGGUAGCUUGGACCUCCUCAACAACGACACGGCCAAGUACAAUCCUUACGUCACGAAGAAGACCUCGGAUGGUUUUGUAGAGGAUGAUGAAAGAGACUUGUACUUUGUGCGGACGAUUCAAUCGCCUCCUCCCAGAAAGUACGGUCCUCAGAUCAACUGGAACCUGGCGAGUGAUCCGAGUAUCCGCGUAAGUAUGGAUUCCAUCAUGGAGCUUCGGAAUGAAACCACCAUCAGCAAGAUUCGCCCCUUUGUAGGUCUCCCUGCAGAUGAGCACAAAGGCUUUCACUCAGAUGACAACGCGGACAAUCCCCACUGCUUUGCAUUCCACCCAGUCUACAAGUACGUUGGAGAUACGUCAUCUGAUAUCGUUGCAAUCAUGUCAAGCGCCAUUGCCUUCGAUGCCUCCAUGCGCAAUCUCCUGCCAAGCAAUGUCAAAGGUAUGCUAUGUGAAGUCACCAAUAACUGCGACCAGAUUUUGUCGUAUUUGAUCGAUGGAAAGGAAGCGUACUUUCAAGGGACGGAGGCCCUCCACGACAAAAAGUACGAUGAUCUGUCACUUGAAGUGGACUUAUCUCUGUACACAAACCCCAAUCUCCCUUCCACACCGGGGCAUUGCAUGUACAAGAUGAGAAUCUACCCUACAGAGGCAUUCGAAUCUGAUUACAAGACAAAUACCCCGCUUGUCUUUGCCGCAGUAGUGGCGGCAACCUUCUUGCUGGUGAUUGUUGUGUACUACGUGUACGACCUCCAGGUCCAACGAAGAAACGAGCUCAUGAUUGAGAAUGCUGCGAAGGCAAACUCCCUCGUCACCAAUAUCAUCCCCGAUCACCUGCGCGAUCGACUGCUUAGCCGACAGGAGAAAGCGAUUCAUGGUUCUAGUCCUUUUCGGAAGAGUGCUAACCUGAAGACGUUCCUUAACGAAGGGAAUGGCAUCGAUGACUGCAACACUGAUGCGCCGCUGGCCGACCUCUUCGUCGACUGCACGGUGCUAUUCGCUGACAUUACAGGUUUUACGGCUUGGUCUUCUGUGCGGGAGCCAAGUCAAGUUUUCAUUCUGCUGGAGACUUUGUACAGCAGAUUUGACAAGAUUGCCCAGCGCAGAAGAAUCUUCAAGGUGGAAACGGUGGGUGAUUGCUACGUUGCCGUAUGCGGUCUGCCUGAUCCUAGGCACGAUCAUUCGGUUGCCAUGUGUCGCUUCGGUAGAGACAUUAUGAGCAAGAUGAGAGUUCUUACUAAAGAGUUGGAAGUUCGCCUAGGACCCGACACAGGAGAAUUGGCGCUGCGAAUUGGCAUGCAUAGCGGCCCAGUCAUUGCCGGUGUGUUGCGCGGAGAAAGGAGUCGGUUCCAAUUGUUUGGUGACACAAUGAAUCUGACCAGUCGUUUAGAGGGUUCGAGCAAGCCAAACCAAAUGCAAUGCUCCAAGGAGACAGCUGAGCAUCUCAUCAAGUUAGGCAAGGGCGGCUGGGUCCAAAAGCGACUCGAUCCCAUUGCCAUCAAAGGGAAGGGAUCCUAUCAUGCCUACUGGGUGAACGUCCACGGCGACCGGGCUGGCAGUGCCAUGAGUGCUCUGUCUGGCAAUUCAAACCAAUUUGACCUUCCCACAUUGAGUGCUCAGCUGUACGGUAGUCCCUUCGAAGGCGUCGACGACCGUACAUUGCGCCUCAUUGACUGGAAUGUUGAGACACUGCUUAGAAGCAUGAAGGAAAUCGGAGCGCGACGUUCGGUGGCAAUGGCACCACAGGGUACACCAGAACCCGGAGUGCUGACAACUGGAGAGAUACCCUUGAAUGAAGUUUGCGAGAUCAUUCCUUUGCCAGAGUUCGAUGCGAAGGCGUCUCGUCUCCAGAUAGACCCUGACCUAGUGGAGAUUCCCGUCGAGGUGGUGGAACAACUUCAUCACUUGGUCAGCUCGAUUGCCAAAAUGUACCAUUCGAACCCAUUUCACAACUUUGAUCAUGCGUCUCACGUCGUAAUGAGUGUGACCAAGCUUCUGUCUCGUAUCGUAGCUCCAACACAACUCGAGGGCUUGCAAGAGCAAAGCCACACGGAUGCUGCUGAGAAACUCCAUGACCAUACUUAUGGUCUGACUUCCGACCCAAUGACAUUCUUUGCCUGCGCAUUUGCUGCCUUGAUCCAUGACGUUGACCAUGCCGGAGUCAGCAACGCCCAGCUGGUCAAGGAGGGCGCACCAAUUGCCGAAAAGUACAAGCGAAGUGUAGCGGAACAGAACUCCUUGACGUUGUCCUGGGAACUCUUGAUGGAUCCAGGAUACAAAGCUCUCCGAGAUUAUCUGUUUCCCACCAACUACGACCUUCUUCAUUUUCGACAAUUGCUCGUGAACACGGUAAUGUCUACGGACAUUGUCGAUAUUGAACUGAAGAAGUUGCGAAAUGCUCGAUGGGACAAAGCCUUCAAGAAGGGUAAUGGCGAGAAUUCGGGUAGCAGCACGAGUACCAUCGUCAAUUAUGCUGAUGACGAUGGCGCCAAAGUCUCCAAGAAAGAUGAAAUCCACCGAAAGGCCACCAUUGUCCUGGAACACAUUAUUCAGGCCUCUGACAUCAGCCACACCAUGCAACAUUGGCAUGUCUACCGACGAUGGAAUCAGAACUUCUUUGAAGAGCUUUACGUAGCUUACUUGAACGGACGCAUGGAGCAGGACCCUGGCGCCUUUUGGUAUAAGGGCGAAUUUGGGUUCUUUGACUUCUAUAUUAUACCUCUAACGAAGAAGCUUAAGGACUGCGGUGUCUUUGGUGUGUCUUCCGAUGAGUACUUGAACUAUGCUCUCAGAAACCGCGAAGAAUGGGAACUGUGCGGGGAACAAGUAGUGGCCGAGAUGGUAGCUCACUGCCGCAAAGAGUACGGCGUGAAAGCACCCGACGGAUCCAUCGUAUCGGAAGAGGAAGCUGCAGCCUUGUAUGCCAGUAUGCCACUGGAGGAUGCUCAUGAGAGCAUUGCGAGCAUUGAGGUUUGAAACGAGAGGGAUUAAUCGGGUGCGUGGGAAGGGUGCGACAAUGAAUAGAUUGCAUUCGGGAUCAGGAUGCCUCAAAGGAAGUCGCCUUGGUAGAGCUCAUGGCAGGAGUCGAGUCUUCGCUGGUUCCUUGACAAGCAAGUCAAAGAUGCACAUUAUUAGGUAAUUUAGUACAUCGUUCUCCGUUGCUUCGAAGGUGGCCCAGCAUACCGGGUAUCGACACCAGUACUAGUAUUCUUUUUGUAAAGAAUGUGGGUUACUACAUGUAUGUGGUUAGAGGGGACUAUGUGGGAGGGUGCAGCAAUGCAGGGACUCGAGCCUAACAGUCAAGAGUGAGCAUUGGACCAACCGGAGGAAAAGAUUGCAAGGAAGGAGGCCGGGAAUAAAGGGGGGAGAGGACAGAGACAAUCCAUCGCACCGCCAUUGUCCAAUGGCCGGGAGCUCGUUGUACCGUAGAAGGAGGAACACCAGAACAGAGGCACAUGGUGGUAGCGGCUUGAGCAAUGGC